CCGCGAAACGACCGGGAAAUUAUGGCGCCUUCAUCUCAGAUCAAGCGGCGAAAAAUCGAUCAUCAUCCGUCGCGCCGUUUAUUUUUCCUUGCCGUGAGCCAUUAACGAUGAAGCUCCAAAGAUAUGAGGGUUUUACUAUUUUGAAGAUCUUUAUCUUCAGCUGCUAUAGAGAGACAUGGAGUUUCAGCAUCAACUAAAGGCUCAACUUUUCCUGUUGCUAGUGGGAGUGAAUUUCGGAUACUACAGGAUAAGAGUUCUGCCAUAGCAGAGGCCAAACAAGAUGGUUGCACUGGCACUGACACGAAGCUUUUUGAUGAAUCAAGAAUUUGCGUGAUUGAAAAGAGUUGAAACGACAAAGUGUGCGGCUUUUGCCUCCGCGCCUGACCUUCUCAUUGAAUUAGAAUUUGGGGUGUUUCCGUUCGUUGUCAGAUGGGCAAGGUUGCGGUGGGAGCGGCGGUGGUGUGUGCGGCUGCGGUUUGUGCUGCAGCGGCGCUAGUGGUGCGGCACCGAAUGAGAAACUCCGGGAAGUGGGCGCGAGCAAUGGCCAUUUUGAGAGAGUUCGAGGAAAAAUGUGGAACCCCAAUUGGAAAACUCAGGCAGGUGGCCGACGCCAUGACCGUCGAGAUGCACGCCGGCCUUGCAUCCGAAGGCGGUAGCAAGCUCAAGAUGCUGAUCAGCUACGUUGAUAAUCUCCCGACCGGAGAUGAAAAAGGGCUCUUCUAUGCAUUGGAUCUCGGCGGUACAAAUUUUCGAGUGUUGCGUGUGCAGUUGGGAGGGAAGGAGAACCGGGUUGUCAAGCAAGAAUUUGAGGAGGUUUCAAUACCUCCACACUUGAUGGUUGGGUCUUCAGAAGCUCUAUUUGAUUUUAUAGCUCAAGCACUUGCGAAGUUUGUUGCUGAAGAAGGUGAAGGCUUUCACCCAGCACCGGGUAGGCAAAGGGAAUUGGGUUUUACCUUCUCCUUCCCUGUUAGGCAAACAUCAAUAUCAUCAGGGACACUUAUUAAAUGGACGAAAGGCUUCAGCAUUGAAGACACGGUUGGGGAAGAUGUGGUCGGUGAAUUAACCAAAGCCAUGGAAAAACUGAAACUCGACAUGCGUGUAACAGCGUUGGUAAUUGACACGAUUGGAACAUUAGCAGGAGGUAGAUACCAUGAUAACGAUGUAAUUGCUGCUGUGAUAUUAGGCACCGGAACAAAUGCAGCUUAUGUAGAGCGUGCCCAUGCAAUUCCCAAGUGGCACGGUCUACUUCCUAAAUCAGGAGAAAUGGUAAUUAACAUGGAAUGGGGUAACUUCCGGUCCUCUCAUCUGUCACUUACAGAAUAUGAUCAUGCAUUGGAUGCUGAGAGUUUAAACCCUGGAGAACAGAUUUUCGAGAAGUUGAUUUCUGGUAUGUACUUGGGAGAAAUUGUACGUAAAGUAUUGGUCAAGAUGGCUGAAGAAGCGGCUAUCUUUGGCGAAACUGUUCCACCCAAACUGAAAAUUCCAUUUAUAUUGAGGACUCCUCACAUGUCUGCCAUGCAUCACGACACGUCGCCCGAUCUCAAAGUUGUUGCAAGCAAACUGAAGGAUGUCUUGGAGAUAUCUAAUACCUCCUUGAAAACAAGAAAAAUCAUAGUGGAGCUCUGUGACGUAGUUGCAACACGAGGCGCCCGUCUCUCUGCUGCUGGUAUCUUAGGCAUCCUGAAAAAACUGGGAAGAGACACCAUCCGGGUUGGGGAGAAGCAGAAGUCUGUUGUAGCACUGGAUGGAGGGUUGUAUGAGCACUACACAAAAUUCAGAACAACCAUGGAAAAUACACUGAAGGAGCUACUCGGAGAUGAGGUUGCUGCAAACGUCUUCGUCGAGCAUUCAAAUGAUGGUUCUGGUAUCGGAGCUGCACUACUUGCAGCCUCUCACUCUCAAUAUCUCGAGAUCGAUGAGCCCUAAGGAAAAAAAGGAUCAAAUUACAGAUAGUAUAUUAUGGAGUAGCAGAAGCUUUAGAUUUUUUGUUGAAUUUUCUGCUCUCCUUUGCAUGUUAUCACUUUCUGAUGCCUUAGACCCUAGCUCAGGAGUUCUCUCCCAAUCUUUUUCUUUUUUUAAUUUAUGGUUAUUGAGAGCAUAGAAAAAAUGGAGUCGAGUUUUCUGGUCGGAUGAACCUUAAAAGAGUAGUAGCCAAAAGAGAAAGGGAGGGUAAAAAAUUGAUGCUCUAAGGAUCAUUUUUCGUGGUUGCUAUGCAAAUAAACAAGGCACAAAGCAUAAGCAAUAUGGUCGUUUGUACUGCUAUUGAAUUUUGGAUGUUGUAAACUACACAUCCAAGUGCCUUUUCAUAUUAUCUUUCAUACAAAGGUUUAUCUUUAAUUUGAGAUACAGGAAAUAUUUCCAUCA